AUCGAGACAAACUAAAACUGUUAAAAAAGUGUCUGAAAACUACUGAAGGAUCUAAGAAGGCCCUCUUGUAAAUAAAAAAAACUACAAAAUCAAAUAAAGUAUUAUUCUGGUUGCAUUUCAACAUUUAAAGAAAAAUUCUCAUAUUUCUAGGUGUAAAAAUGUUUGACACAACGAUCAACAAAUAUAAAUGAAAGUUCCUUAAAUAAAACGAUUUUAACAGAGCACUGGUGUCGAUGUACAUUCUGCCUCUUGCAUCCUCCUGAUAUUAUCAUCCCUCCUUCCUUAGCCUCCUCCUCGUCUCCUGCCCUCUAACGUAUUCAUGCGCAUGCAUCCUUGAUGUUUCCAAACUUCAUUCCAGUCUCCAUUCCUGCUUCCCACCUUCAGGCCUCCUCCCAUCCUCGGACACCUCUUCGCUUCGGCCCAGAGUGGUUCACUGAGUCGCUUCUAAUCCUUUUUUGAUGAACUUGGUUAAUGGACCUCCCGCAGAGACAUUGGCUCUGUUCAUUAAGCAGCACACGACCUUCACCACGCCCCCGGAGCACGCAAUGCGCGUGUCCGUGGAUCUCCCGUCCAUAUAUUCGCCCUAACAUGUUCAGAAGUUUGAACUUGUGCCACACCUGCAGAACUGCACGUUUUGGUUCCGCGGUAGAGGAGCGAUGCCGCCGCGUAAAAGCCUGUUUGAGCCCUUCAUCUCUGCGGUACCUGUGGGGGCAGAAGGCCCCGGGGGACCGGCGGACCUCCACGCCCUGCUGCAGCGGAACCGAGCACGGGAGGAACUCGACGCAGAGCGCUCAAGGGACGUCCGCAACUUCUGUGACCCUCCAUGCUCCAUCGUGGAGAUCCGACUGGGCCCCUCCGGUGGAGAGCUGCACUACCUUCAGCCGGACCAGUGCGCCCUGGAGCGUGCGCAGAGGCGCAGGCGCCUGGCCGCUAACGCACGGGAGAGGAGGAGGAUGCUCGGACUAAAUGUCGCCUUCGACCGGCUCCGGAGCGUCAUCCCGAACCUGGAGAGCGAUAAGAAGCUCUCCAAAUCCGAGACUCUUCAGAUGGCACAGAUUUACAUCACCACCCUGACCGAGCUGCUCCAGGAAGACGCGUGUGGAGCUCCAGAACCAGAGCGCUCCUCGGGGACCACAGGGGGUCCUGAUGUGGAGGUCCGGAUCUCCAAGAGGAGCAGAUAAUCAGAAGAUGUGGGACAUUUGAAACGUUUAAAAUGUAUAUUUUUUUCAAUAGUUACUUGCUUUUUUGCUCACUGUAAAUAAAUGGUAACACAU